UGGGUGCACAGCGGGACAGCCGGAUCGUCAGCAUGGUGGAAACAGGAGGCGUGCUGGCGCCUCUGAUCGCCAUAACUAUAGCGGCGGCAGCAGCGGCGGCCUCCCCACAGAUGGACUACCGCCGCCUGGUGCAGGCUGCGCGCACAUCAUAUGAGACGGGCGAGCCGCACCCGUACCUGCAGCGAGCGCUGGACGCCCUCGACGUCCGGCACAUUCAUCAUGUGCUCAGGACUCGCCCGGGCGGUAUUCCGCGCUGGUCACCAGCCGACCAGGACACCCUGUGUAACACGUGCGCCUUCUUCGUGGGCAACAUUCUGAAUGAGUUCUACAGCGGCGUGCCCGUGGACGAGAUUGAGGAGCAGGCCGCUCAGAUCUGCAUCACGUUCAAGCUCUACCCGGAGGAGGUGUGCCGAGGCACCAUCUCACUCGCUACGCCCAGCAUAGCCGAGCUGCUGGCUCGCCGCAACACCACGGGGGACGACAUCUGCACGUUUGCGCUCGGGGCGCGCUGUGGAGCCGCCAUCUGGCCGCCCUGGGAGGUCCAGCUGUCCGACAAACCCAAGCCGCCGCACGUGGAGCCCGUGCUGCCAGAGCCCUCCGACACGACCACGCUGAAGAUCCUGCAGCUGAGCGAUCCGCACGUGGACCUGGCGUACGCAGCCGGCAGUCUGGCCGACUGCGACCUGCCCAUGUGCUGCCAUGCGGCGCUCGGGCCCGGCACCAACGGCACGGCCGGCCCGUACGGCGCGCUCGCCCACUGCGACAUCCCGAUGGUGACGCUGGAGAGGACACUCGACUGGAUCGUCGACCACCACCCUGAUAUUGACCUGAUCUACAUGACUGGGGACCUGCCAGCCCACGACAUAUGGAACCAGACGCGAGAGGGCAACCAGCGCUCAAUUCGGGAGUCGCUGCAUCUGAUGAAGGGACGCUUUGCCGACACGCCCAUCUUCUCAUCCAUUGGCAACCACGCGCCCUGCUUCAUCAACAUAUACCCGCCCGAGUCCACCAUAUCGGCCACCAACAACAUCUCGUGGCUCGCGGACACAUUCAAAGACGUGUGGCCGACUAUGUUCAGCUCGGACGUGUCGCCUGGCACCAUAGAGCGGGGCUCCUACUACUCCACCAGGCCCAUCCCUGGCCAGCUGCGCGUCAUCAGCAUCAACUCCAACUUCUGCAACAGCCUGAACUGGUGGCUGGUGCUGGACUCGGUGGACCCGAGCGGCGAGCUGCAGUGGCUGGCUGACCAGCUGCAGGAGGCCGAGGACGCCGGCGAGAAGGUCCACCUGCUCAGCCACAUCCCGCCGGGCAUCACAGACUGCCUGCCUGUCUGGAGUCACCAGUUCAACCGUAUCGUCAACAGGUACGAGGACACAAUAGCCGCACAGUUCUACGGUCACACGCACAAGGACGAGUUUGAGGUGUUCUACGACUUGGAGGAUGCCGCCCGCGCGGUGGGCAUGGCUUACAUCGCGCCGGCCGCCACCACCUACAGCUUCCUCAACCCGGCAUACCGCAUCUACACCGUCGACACAAACAUCACCUGGAUGGCUCUUGACUAUGACACGUACAUCAUGAAUCUGACGCAAGCAAACAGCGCGAACGACACAAGUUUCCACUUGCUCUACUCGGCACGAGCCGACCUGCUGGAGGCGCCGCCUACGCCGCAGAACUACGACCAGCUGGUGCAGCGCAUGAAGACGGAUACCGCCAAGUUCGAUCAGUACAUGGACUACUUCUAUCACAGUGCGGCGGCGCAGGCGGACGCCGGCCCGUGCGGGCCCGAUUGCCGCCGCACGCGCAUCUGCGCCGCCGAGACGUCCGACACCAGCCGGCCACGCUGCUAGCUGCCGACUGCCGGCAGCGCUGUUAGCUGCCGACCGCAGGCCGCGCUGCUAGCUGCCGACCGCAUGC